AUGACCCUGUCUCACGGUUCUGUUCCUUCCUUGGACCACCCUUUGAUCAGACUGGUGUCGUCCGUUCAGGCAAUCAUGGCCUCGUCGGUCGGAUGCAUCAUCGCCUCGUCCUGCAGGGAUGUAGUAGAGGACAGACACUGGCUGACCGACGCCUACAUCCUGUUCGCCACGCCUUACUUUGCCUACGACAUCUACGCCAUGUUCCUGUGUUACCGGCACAAGCAGCAGGUCAAAGGUCACGAGGAGGAGGAGGAGGGCGGCGCCAGGUCGAUGGGAGCGGCUGUGGCGGGCUACCUGCGGCGGGAGCUGCUCAUGGUGCUGCAUCACGUCUUCAUGGUGGCCUUCUGCUGCCCCGCCUCGCUGGUAACCACGGCAACAGUGGGAUAA